GCUGAGGGAUGAACUGAAGCCCAGACGGUGUCUCCCUGCCCCUCUGGCCCGGGCUUCCUGGCUGUCAUGGCGGAAGGGACUUCCCUGCCCAUGUCUGAGUGGCUGAGAGCCCUCCACCUGGAGCAGUACAUCGAGAACUUUGAGCGGAGCGACCUCUGGCUUGUGUUGGAUUGCCGGCACUUGACCGACGAGGCCCUGACCCAAUUGGGGAUCCACCUGCCGGGGCACCGCAAACGCAUUCUUUCCGGGCUUCAGAAGGCCUUUACGGAGUCUCUGCCCGCCAUGGAGUGCCCCGAGCUACCGCCGAGGAGGCCGGUGCCCAUGAAACGCCACAUCUUCCGCAGCGACCCGGGUACUGCUGCUUCUCCCACCCAAAGUGACUUGGGGAUGGCAGCUAGCGAGAAAUCGGCUGCGCACCGGGAGUUUGAUACCCUCCGCCUCAUCCCGCCGCCUAUCCCUCCCAGGGUGGGGUGCCAACCCCCGGUGAAGUUUUCCUCUCCUGCCCUCCUGGAAUUCUCCCCGGCUCCUUUGCCCGAAUCCCCUCUGCUCCUGGAUUUGUCUUGCCCCUCGCUGUCUGGAGGCCGGCUGAGCCCAGAAAUGGUGUUUUCGGAAGGGGCAAGGAAACUCUCGUUGCCCCCUUUGCCUGCCAAGCGACACCAGCUGCCAAUGAAGCCGGUCUCCCUGAAGGCCCCCCCGGUGCCGCUGCGCCCUCCUUCCUUGCCACCAAGGGCCACCGGACCCCCAAAGUCAACCUCCAGCCACCUCGUGAAAGAUGAACCACAAAGUCUCGAAGCUCCAGCUGGAAUUCCCCCUGUCCUCUUUCCUCGUGUGAAGGUGGAGGAAGAGCACGGUGCCCCCGAUAUUUCUUCAAAGCUGCCCUGUUCCUUCCAGACAGAGUUUGAUGACGACUCAGACUACGAGGAUCCCCCUUUUGAGGAGGAAGUAGACGCUCCCACGGAAGAGAUGACCGACAAGGGAGGAGUCGAGAUCACGGCCGACGGUUCAACUCGGCAUUGCCUUCGGUUCAACAGCCUUCUCAGCGAGGACGAGUUGAUCGAGGAUUACUUUAAGGAGGAAUCCCCCCCUAGCAACAACCACUGGAAUGGCUGUGGGCUGAACUCCCCCUGUCCGGGCAGCGCUUUCCCCUUCGGCAUCUUGAGCUUCCACGGUGACGUCAUGGACGAGGCCGACGCGUCUGGCCAUCUCUCGCCGGUCGUCAAAGCCGGGUGGCUGGACAAGAAUCCCCCCCAAGGGUCCUACAUCUAUCAGAAGCGUUGGGUGAAGUUGGACUGUGAACACCUCCGAUACUUUGACACUGAAAAGGACAUUUACUCCAAACGACUGAUCCCUGUGGCAUCCAUCACCCGAGUGACCAGUAUCGGGGACCAGAAAUUUGAAGUGAUCACCAACAACCGGACUUUUGCAUUCCGGGCUGAGAAUGAUGCUGAUCGAAAUGAGUGGAUAAGGGUUCUUCAGAAGACGGUGGAUGAGCGGAAGUCCAAGUGUUUGGACCGGCUGUCUGUCGUGCACCUGGCUGGGGGCAGCUUUGACUCUGUGGACAAGUGUGGCCCUCUAGAACUGCGGAGCUUUAAGCAGAAGCUCUACGUGGCGGUGGCCGGGGACAAGGUUUUCCUCUACAAGAACGCAGAGGAAUUCCGUCUGGGGAUCGGGAUCACCUACAUCGAGAUGAACGUGGGGAACGUGAAGGAUGUGGACAGACGGGGCUUCGACCUGACAACGCCCUACCGGAUCUUCAGCUUUGUUGCCGAAUCCGACCAGGAGAAGGAGGAGUGGGUGGAAGCCAUGCAGAACUCUAUCGCUGAGGCCCUCUCCAACUUUGAGGUGGCCGAGAGGAUCUGGACCGUGGAGGAAAACCGCUUCUGUGCCGACUGUGGGGCCCUGAAACCCGACUGGGGCUCCAUCAACCUGUGCGUGGUCAUCUGCAAGCGUUGCGCAGGAGAACACCGUGGCCUGGGCCCUAGCGUCACCAAAGUGCGGAGCCUCAAGAUGGACCGGAAAGUCUGGACGGAGGAGCUGAUCGAGCUCUUCCUCCAGGUCGGCAACGCUGUGGCCAACAGGUUCUGGGCCGCCAACGUGCCCCCCAGCGAAGCCAUCACGGCCACGAGCAGCAGCCAGGAGAGGAGGCGCUUCCUUGUCGCCAAGUACCGGGAAGGGAAGUACCGGCGGUACCACACCCUCUUCGGCAACCAGGAGGAGCUGAACAAGCGGCGCCUGCCACCCACCGCGGAUGAACGCCAAGCCAGAGGAACCGACCUCUUGCCCGGGCUGAGACAAGAAGGGAAGCUGCGCAGCCGCAGGGCUACCAGGAGCCUCGUGUCAAAGAAGCGCCGAGCUCCAGCCCACCCCGCCGGGCGCCGGCGCAGCACCUCGGCAGCAGCCAACCCGUCUUGUUUCGGGCAGUGGUCCAAAGGUAUUCUGCUUCCUUGCAGCAUCCAGCGCUUCUCUGAUGAGAACCAGAUGAACACGCACAACCUGGCCAUCGUCUUCGGGCCAACGCUCUUCCAGACGGAUGGCAAAGACUACAAGGCAGGACGAGUGGUGGAGGAUCUCAUCCGGUACUACGUGGACAUAUUCAGUGUAGAUGAGGAAGAGAUGAGGCGGCAGCAAGAGGAAAUCGCGGCCAUUAUGAGGAUGCGGAUCGCGGGCUCCUCCAGUGGGGCGCAGCAAGCUGGUGACUUCAUCUGCACGGUCUACCUGGAGGAGAAGAAGACAGAAGCCGAGCAGCACAUUAAGAUUCCGGCCACCAUGACGGCAGAAGAACUGACUUUUGAAAUCCUGGACCGAAGGAAAAUCAUCACGAAGGAGAAAGAUUACUGGAGCUGCUUUGAAGUCAGCGAGCGGGACGAGGCAGAGCGGCCUUUGCACUACAGCGAGAAGGUCCUUCCCAUUGUGCACAGCUUGGGGAAGGACAGCUACCUGGUGGUGAAGAGACAGGUGGCCAUGGAACACAUGCUGGUCUACACAGCCAGCCGGGUGGGCGACAGCAAGCACGGAAUGAUGAAGUUCCGCGAGGAGAAGAACCUGCUCGGCUUGGGCCUCAGCACUGGCUUCCACGACCGAUACUUCAUCCUGAACAACGAAUGUCUACGGCUCUACAAGGAGGUGCGGAGCCACAAGCCAGAGAAGGAGUGGCCGGUGAAGAAUCUGAAAGUCUAUUUGGGAAUAAAAAAGAAAGUCCGCCCUUCAACCUGCUGGGGAUUCACUGUCUUCUUCGAGAACGACAAGCAAGAGAAGCAGCAGUGGUAUCUGUGCUGCGAAACCCAGCAAGACCAAAGGGAGUGGUUUGCGUCCUUCCUGUCCAUCCAGCACGGCGCUAACAACCUGUGGCCAUCAGAGACCUCCAAAGUGCGCGCCUCCCGAAUCCAGCAUGACUCUCGCCUGGGCAACAUCUCCUUGAUCCCUUUGCGGGGCAACGAGAGUGAGAUGAGGAACAGUGUUGCGGCCUUCACGACCGACCCACUGAUGCUGCUGCGGGACCUUUGAAGCCGUUAGACCAAAGUGUCAGGUAACAGCCC